GCUGGCAGCUGUUUGCUCGUUGCCCAACAACAAAGUGUGUGCUGGCAAGCAGAGAGAAGUAGCAGCAGCCUAUUUUCCUUCUUAUUACAAAACACAACACAACAGAAAAACGUGUAAAAAUCAUUGCUAAAAGUAUUGAAAAAAGAAGUCAACGUCAUCUCAUAUCAGCAGUAAAAGCAACAGCAGCAGCAGCGUAUGGCGGAAGCAGCAGUUGUUGCAGUCGCAGCAGAAGAACAACAACAAAGAAGGCGGCGCUUAUUUUGAGUUGUUUGUGUUUUUGUGUGACAACUGCAAAAUAAAAGUGUAAAAUAUGUGUUGACCUCUGCAGUGGAAAGCCUCCAACUCAGUCAGCAUCCUUUUGUGACGACGCCUGGAGCGUUGUUUUCUGCCCAUCCGCCCAUCAUCAAAUAACGCAAGCAAGACUCGCAUCUACUUCAGCAACAAAUAAUAAAUUGCAAUCAUGUCAUUCUCCGACUUUGAUGCCAUCUACGAGGAUGAGCAGCUGGAGGAUUUGGAGCAUUUUCAGGAUCAGACAGUGAUGCCAGUUCCCGAACCCAUCAUCAUCAGGGGCGCUGGCAAUAUGACGGUCUUUGGUCUCAGCAAUCGCUUCAAUAUCGAAUUCCCCUGCGGUUUGUUGUCCCGCGUUGCACCCGAGGAAUUCAAAGCAACCAUCGGUCGCAUCAAUGGCAUCUUGAAGAAGACCCUGCCCCUGAAUGUCAAGUGGCUAUUUUGUGGUUGCGUCUGCUGCUGUUGCACCCUCGGCUGUUCCCUUUGGCCCGUCAUCUGUCUGAGCAAACGCACACAAUUAACGCUGGACAAGUUGCUGGAGUGGGAGAAUAGUCAUCUAUAUCAUAAGCUGGGCCUGCACUGGCGUUUACAUAAGCAACAAUGUGAUUCCAAUUCCAUGAUGGAGUAUGUUAUAUUAAUUGAAUUUAUACCCAAGACGCCCAUUUAUCGACCCGACUAAAUGCGAUCUAAACAUCGGAUUGAGCGAUCGUGUGGCAUAUAUAUAUGGUAUAUGGAAUGUGGGGGGGAAUUGGGGCCUAAUCGUAAUCGUAAACGUAAUUGUAAAAUAAAACACACAAUACACUAGCAAGUAAUUAUAAUUUUGAUUUAGGCGUUUACUCUUUUGUGCAAAACACUAACACAACUAGUUUAGUGGGAAACAUACACACAUAAACACACAAUUUGUAAGCUA